CGUGAUAGUGACUGUUCGAUGACCGCGGGUACAUUUCACAACUACCCUUUAUCGAGUGGUGCACAUGUAUUUAAACUCCGGUGACAGACGGAUUCGGCAGUGAGGAUUAAUCUCUUCUAAAGAAAUUAUUUAGAAAAUUAAUUGGGUGUAUGUACUACACUUUACGAGGCAAUAUGAAUAGUUUGAAAUUUCUUGGAGUAUUUCUGUUAGUAACAGUCAUGUCUUGGCAUGCCAAGGGGGCGUCAAUUACUACAGAUGCAGCUACAACAGAGAAGGCUAAUACUACAGCGAGUAUGACCACCGCUGGACAGUCUACAGCAACAGCGGUAAUGACAACUGCAACAAAAGAUAUGACAACAGCAACCAAUGCUAUGACAACUGCAACAAAAGAUAUGACGACGGCAACCAAGGAUAUGACUACAGCAACCAACGUCAUGACAACCGAAAGUAUGACGACUGCGAACGGAAGUAUGACUACACCAAGUGAAAAUGGCACCACGUCAAGUAGCAACGGCACAUCUGAAAUGACAGUGACAAUGAUGCCAGAAAUGAAUGGGACAACAGUAACAAUGAGCCCCGAGAACGGUACGACAAUGUCCAGCCACAUAACAUCACCAGGGCCAUCACCAGGACAUCACACUUCAAUGACACCAACACCAACACCGGCACCAAUACCUACAAAGGCUCCCUCCAAGGGUGGCUUUAGCGGUCCGUCUUUCGGCGGAGGAAUAGCACUUGGGGCUGGCCUCAUUCUCCUCAGCGGCCUUGCUUAUUUUCUAUACGCCAGAAGAGCUGCGGGGAGAAGACCGUAUUCUGCAGUACAAUGACAAUCAUAGCGCGUCUACAAACAUAAUAGAGUCAUCAACUGCGAGUAUUUUCACUCCGUAUAUAUAAAGUUUUAAAACAUGUGGUGAGAAAAGUGUGGACGGAUCUAAUAACAGUCCAUCUAAAAGGACUGGACUUGAAGAAUAUAUCAUCGGGUUGUUCUUCUGUCUUGUGAAGUCUUGAACCAGAUCAUAAGUCCACAAUGGAAUAGUGAAAAUCCUAUAAUUAUCAUCCCGAAAUCUAAAUGACUUUCAUUGUUGCUAGAGUAACGUUCACAGAAUGGGAAUACUGCAAAAGUUACUGUACUACUUUUAUUUAAUCAUUAAUCAACUAUGCCGCGAUCCUUUUUGUAUACAACGAUUGAUACUUGUAUGUUAUAUGUAUUUUGUAUGUGCUCAGAUUGACUCAUAAUAUUCCUAUUUAUUUUCCGUUUUUUGUCAAACAUGUUCAUUAUUUUACAUUUUGUACCAAUUAGAUAUAUAAAAACAAUCAAUUUGAUGAAUAUCUUUUAUAAUCUUUCAGUGAUGUUAUAAACACAUCUCAUCUGAUACAACAUGGUAAAGCCUGUCAUUUUUCUAUUUAUAUGGAAAUGUUUGCUGUGCAUUUCUUGUUUAAACAGCCAAUUCAAAAAUAUAUCUGAUUAUGUUACUACUUUCCACAUUUUUUAUCCCUAAACAUGUUUUAAAAUGUAACAAUAAUAAAUAUUAUCGACCUUUCGAUGAAUAUUCUAUAAUUAUCAGUUUGACAUUUAACAUCUUAACUAUGUCUCUCAUUCACUGUAGACAUAUUUUAGUAGUAAUGCUAUAUUGGCGAUUUUCGCGCUGGAUGCAUUCCACUAAAUUAUGAUUGUGCUAAUUAUAAUUUAUCAUCAUUGUUUUUCUAUGACAACAACGGUGAGAGUAUCAUGGCACUAAAAUGUUUAUCGGUCAUGGGUUAAAAUUUGAGAACGCCUUAAUAAACAUGUUUAUAAUAUGCAAUUUUACGAAAGAAAGAUGUUUUAUGUUUAAAGAGACAGAAACUGCGAGAACCAGAGCGUGAAAGGGAGAGAUUGAAUGUACGUGUGGGGAUUUAAAUGUAUGUAUAAAAAACCAAAGCGAGUCAUUGCAACAAAGAAAUAUUGUGAAAUACAAUAAAUAUAUGUAAAUAUAUUUAUAAGUAUACAGGUUUUAUUUUGUUUUUGCUGGUUCAUCACUAAAGUCGUUUGGAAGUCUUACGUAGCGCUGAGCCAUAUCAAUAAACAUUUACUCUGAA